AAAAAAAAAAAAAAAAAAAAAAAAAGUAUCAAAGGGAGUACCUCAAGGCUCACGUUUAAGUCCAUCACGAUUCAACAUACUAAUGUCAGAUCUGAGCCUCCCAAAGGAAACCUGUAAAAUAAUUUAUGCAGAUGACGUCACACCAGUUUCCUGAAACAAAGAUAUUUUAAAGGCUACUAACAUCUUGAAAAGUGCAGUUAAAAACAUAAAAGAAUGGACUGAUAGAUGGGAUCAGAAAAUUAAUAUAACAGAAAGUAAACUCCCGUGUUUCACCAAUGAAUGAAUUCCAACCAUACCAGAAAUUAGUAUAGAUAAUGAAAAACUAACAUUCACAAAUAACCAUGAUAUAUUAGGAUUAGAAUUUGAUGCCCCAAAACUAAAUUGGAAAUCACAUAUAAAUGAAAUUAAAACUUCAACUCAAUAAAGAAUAGAUAUAAUAAAAAACUAUCUACAUUAUCAUGGGGAGCAAAAAGGGAAACACUUGAUAAGAUUUUAUAAUAUCUAUAUGAAACCAGAAAUAUAUGGUUCCACAACAUAUGGAACAGUAAAAAAUACAGAUUUAAAAAAGUUAGAAACUAGACAAAAUAAAGCAACAAAACUAGCCACAGGUUGUUUUAGGUCCACUCCAAUAAUAGCUUUACAAGCCUUAACAAAUACAAUCUUCAGACAAAUAAAACAACAAGAAUGUAUUCAAAUGGAAAAAAAUGUACAAAAGCAAGAAACUAUGCCAAUUAAAAAAUUGAUAACACAGUCAAUUAGGGAAUAGAAAAAAAAAAAGUUAUUUCUACCUCAGCAGCAAUUUACAUCAAAGACAAAAACAUGACAACAAUCAGGAAAUUACAGAAAGAAUCCCAAAUGAUAGUAGCCGAGUUGAUUGAAAAACUCGGUGAUAUACACAGAUUCUAAAUCAUCAGUUCAAUGCGUACAAAACACUAAUCCCCAAAACUACAAACACAUUAUAUUUGAGAUACAAUCAAUAAUUUGUAACCUAACACAAAACAAACGACAGAUAAUAAUACAGUGGAUAUCAGCACACAAAAACAUGAAAAGUAAUGAAAUGGCAGACCUUGCAGCAAAAAUAACUCAUAAUAUAAGCUUUAAAUAUAACCAAAGACAUUUCAAAUGUAAUAAAAGAAGAUAAAAACCAAAAGAAUUGGGAAGAAUAUUUGAAUAAUGCCCUAGAUGCAAAGAAUUACUAUUCAUAAACCACCAGCCCCCAACCAAGGACAAGAUCAAAAAAUAGAAAAUUACAAUAAAAAUUGAAACUGAUCUUUUAUGCAAAUUUUUUUUUAGUAAAAUUCAAGAAGAAGCAGAGGAACACCUUUUCCUCUACUGGACAAUUUUUAGUUCUAGUAGAGUGAUAUUGCCAGAAGCAUUAAAGAAAAUAAAAAUUAAUUAAUCCAAAUGUAAAACUUCUGAUUACAGGAGAAGAUCUGCCAGAUGAUCAGAAGUCCUACAUACUGAGAAAUACCAAAAUAUUCAUACAUAAAACAAAAAUUAUAGAUAUAAGAAGGAGAAAGAUUCAUAAAAAGGUUUCAGGGGAUAUAGAUAAAAAGAGUGAAACCCUAUAAAAGAAGAAAGGAGAGAGUGAAGCUGGUUGGUUGUCGCUGAGAUCUUGCAUAACAGACAACAAGAUGAAGAGAAAGUCAGACAGAGAAGAUUAAAAUAAGAAGAGACGUGUGUAGUGUUAAAAGCUCAAUAGAAAAAAAAUAAAGAGAGAGAAAGAGAAAAAAAACGUAUAAACUGAGAAAAUAAGAGAAAAUUAGCAUUGUGUGUGAAAAUGGCUGGGAUGACAGAGGAGCAAGACCAGUUCGAGGCAGAUUUUAGAGAGGAGUUAUUCCAAAAGUAUCGGCAAUGUCCGAAGUACUUGAUGCCAGAGAAUGUCUAUUAUAACACCAUUGAAGAACUGAAGACUUCAGCGCAGAACCCAUCAUCCAAGUCUCGGCGUAUUUACUACAUUCUCCAGAAGUAUGAAGUUCUUAAGUGUGGAGACAGGGAAAAGCUGAUUAAGAAACGCAAGAGUGUAGAUGAAUCCCCAAUCUACUAUGUGACCAUCGAGGAUACCUAUGACAUCAUCAAGAGGGCACACAUUGCGACAGGGCACGGUGGACGGGACAAAAUGAAGUGCAGUCUUGGGGCAAAGUAUGCUAACAUCACCAAAGAAGCUCUUGAAUUAUUCAAGUCUUAUUGCACCACAUGCCAAGAAAAGAGGAAGCAAAGUAAGACUGCUGGGGUUGUUGUGAAGCCCCUCGUGAGCAAUGAAUUGAACUCGCGUGGCCAAGUUGACCUUGUGGAUAUGCAGUCAUUGCCUCAGGCUCAGUUCAGGUGGGUCAUGGUCUACCAGUGCCACCUCACCAAGUUUGUCAUACUUCGAGCACUUGCAUCGAAGAGAGCUGCUGAAGUUGCCUUUCAACUGCUAGACAUAUUCCUUCUGUUUGGACCUCCUGCCAUACUGCAAAGUGACAGUGGUUCCGAAUUCACAGCUCAAGUCAUCUCAGAGUUGAAAGAACUUUGGCCACAACUCAUCCUGGUCCAUGGGAAUCCAAGGCAUCCACAAAGCCAGGGUUCAGUAGAACAAGCCAAUGGGGACAUCAAGGACAUGUUGCGUGCAUGGAUGGCAAACAACAAGACACACGAUUGGGCUGUCGGCCUUCGUUUUGUUCAGUACCAAAAGAACUCUGCUCAUCAUUCCAGUAUCAAGCGCACUCCAUUCAAAGCAUUGUUUGGCACUGAUCCUAGGGUGGGUCUGGCAUCAUUGAGACUUCCUCCAGAGGCCCUUGAAAGAUUACAGUCAGAAGAUGACCUGCUCAAUGGAGUUCUUGCUCAAGAUCCCCAGCCUCCUCCAGCAUCUGCAGCACCAGCUGCCACCUCUCAGCCAACACCUGUCCAAGACCCCCAACCAUCACCUCUUACAAAAUGCCAAAAGAUCCUUAUGGAUAGAGAGUGGAUGACUUCAACUGCCAUCAUGGAUGAUCAAAGUUUAGAAACAAAACUGCAUGAUGAGAUAGUCGAAUUCAGUGCUGUUAAGGAAGAAUAUACUGAAGACAUCAGUGAGGAAAAUUACCCCAGAACGACAGAAAUAAGUGAUGAUACAGAUGAAGAGAAUGCUGUCUAUAUAAAGGCUGAAGAUGUGCAUACAGAUAUGUGUCCAGUAUCAGUAGAAACAAAUUUUGCAAAUAUGGAAGGAAGUGAAAGUGACUCAGAUGAUGGAGAUCCAUUACAUGUGGGACCAACUGUGAUUAGUGACUCUGGGGACACAGACCCUUCAAAUAGUGAAGAGGCAACCCCAGAGGUGGAUCAUCGCAAGGUAAAAUAUAAAAUGUUAACAAGCAAAGAAGUGAAACCAUAUAUCUGUAAAGUCUGCAGUAAACCAUUCUCUUUGAAAGGCAAUCUAGUUCAGCACAUGAGUGUUCAUACAAAGGAGAAACUUUUAGUUGUGAUGUCUGUAGCAAAUCAUUUUCUUGGAAAAAAGGAGCAGUUGGUGGAGGCAGGAAACCAGGUGAGGCACAACCUGGAAAUGCUAGGAAGUCAAGGAAGUAGUAGUAUGAGUGAGGCACCAACUUUGUGGUUCUUGCUGAGGGAAUCAGGGGCUUCAGUGAACAUAGAUGAACAUAGAAGGAGAGUAGACAAUUCACACCAACUCCAAGUGUUUAUCCCUGUAUUCCCUGAGACUGGUAAGACUGUACAGAACAUUAUGGUUGUAGUGAUGGGGACAUAA